AUGGGCAACAGUUUCGGUUUCCUCAGAGGCGAAAGUGGAAGCGGAUUUCAAUUCAACGUGGUGGAGGCUUGCAAGGCUGAGGAUGUCGAUCUCGCUCAGGCUUGUAGCCUAACGUUUGGUGCGGAUCAAGACCUGGUCUCGAUUGGCAAUGUUACGAGGGGAAGAAUGGUGCCGCAGCCUGGUAUCGCUGGAAUUGGAAUCUGGAUCGCGAUGGUACUGUUCUUCGUUGUUGUCGCGAUGUCUCUCGUCUUUGUCUUUAUCGAGAUCUGGUCCAGAGCAGAUGUCUCUCAAUUCAGCAGCGCCUUCGCGAGCUUGAGAGAUAAGCCCAAAAACAAGACCCCCGGAAAUCCAAACGCGGAUCCGACAUGGAAAGACAGAGUGCGCGCAGCUGGCCGAACGUUCGUUUUGGGUGUUGCAGACACCCAAACCAUCUUUGUUGGAGCUUUCCUUCUCGGCUUUGCUGGCCGAAGCAAGUGUAAGCUGACAAGUUACCACUUUACAGUCGCCGUCAGUCAGAUGAUGAUCGCGCUGUCUGUUCUCACCUUCUCCAUCGCGCUGGUACGGACGUACUGGCGUAAUCCACUUGCAGCCGCUUUUCGAUUAAUUCUCUCGGUUGGGGCCUUUAUCGGUGUCGGAUUGACCAUCUUCAGGGAAGCCAACUAUGCUCCGUAUGACGCGCUCAAGCACUCGAGCCAGGACAGCGCCAUCCUCCUCCCAGUAGCAUGUAUGCUGGAAAUGGACCUUCGAUCAGCAGCAGAAGAGCAAGCGCGUCAGAACCAAGCCAAUCUCGGUUUCGGAAACGCAACAGCCUGGCCACCAGAAAGAUUCAUGUACAUCGUCCUCGGCGUCGCUUUCCUCGCCGCCCACAUCUCAGUCCCCAUCCGCUUCGCCGAAUCCAGAGACCGCGCACCGAAAGUCUGGACAGAGAAGCGUGCAUUCGUCACAUUGAUCUACUGGAUAUUGGUGUUGCUCACACCAAUCGUAACGUCGAUGUUCUGCUGGUUCCGCGUUUACACAAUGCGCGAGUGGGUAGCUGGUUCUGGGUGGAUGGAGGAUCCGAACACGGAGAUGAUAGUGUGGGAUUCGGGACAGUUGAUUGCUAUGGGUGUGCUUAUUACGGUUAUCAUGAAUGUUCUUACUGAGGCGAAGGAAAGGGAGAAGAAAGACGCGAAGAAGAGGAAUGACGGAAUGGAUGGAGAGGCGGGAGUGGAGUUGCUGCCGACUGCGUAUCGUGGGUAUGAGUAUUAG